AAUAAUAAAAACAAAAAUAUCUAAAUGUUAAAUAUAAAAUUAUUUAUUUUAAAAAAAAAAGUAUAAUUUAUCAAACCGAAUUCGUCGGGACCAAUCAGAGUUAAUUAACAAAAAAAAGGAAACAAAACAAAAUAUCGAAGGAGAAGUUAUAAAAUAUCUUUAAGAAAAAAUAGGAGAGAAGAAAAAAAUUCAGAGGAGGCGUUUCGAAGAGUAUAAAUUUAUAUAUAUUUUUUAAGUAGAGUUCACAAAAAAAAAAAAAAAAAUCCGAUAAUAAAACUAAUAAAAUAAGUUAACCAAAACAGAUAAGCAAUAAUAUUGUUGAACAACACACGCUCCCUCCCACCUAUCUAUCUGACUUUGUAUAGAAUUUCAUAAUAAACAAAAUAAAAUAAAAAAUCAAUUAAAACGUCCACCGUAUAAGAAAGUUACACUCAUCUAAACAUAAAAAAAUUUCACAAAAAAUACAACAAAAAAAAUGGAUUACAUGCAACAAUUUGCAUCGGCAAAUAUUAAUAGCAACAUAAACACCGGUAACAUUAGUACCGAUGAUUUCUUGGCAAUAUUCUCAUCAAGUCCGUCAAGUCCAACGGAUUAUCAACAACAAUUCACCAAUAACAACAACAUAACCGCCGCUUCAACAACAAUAUCAACAGCAUAUGGAUCAGGAUCAUCUCCAGAUCCAUCAUUGUCAUCUGCCAUUUAUGGCACAACCACAUUAUCCUUCAACGAUACCCUGCUAUUUAUCAACAACAACUUCAAUACAAAUAGUAAUUAUUUCUUCACCAACAACAAUACGCCUAACGGUAAUGUAACGACCACGAUACAAUACAAUGAUACUUAUCCAAGUGGCUAUACAUUGACGCACAUUAUUAUCGCGUCGAUAAUCGUUACGAUACUAAUGAUUAUUAUUGUAGUGGGAAAUAUGUUGGUGAUAAUAGCGAUAGCAACCGAGAAAUCGUUGAAGAACAUACAAAAUUGGUUCAUAGCCUCGUUGGCAGUGGCGGAUUUCUUUUUGGGUUUAAUAAUAAUGCCAUUUUCAUUGGCUAAUGAAUUAAUGGGUUAUUGGAUAUUUGGUAGUUGGUGGUGUGAUAUACAUUCGGCAAUGGAUGUAUUGUUGUGUACGGCAUCGAUAAUGAAUUUGUGUUUAAUAUCGUUAGAUCGUUAUUGGAGUAUAACGAAAGCGGUUGAAUAUUUGAAAUCAAGGACACCGGCUAGGGCGGCAUUGAUGAUUGCAUCGGUGUGGAUAAUGUCGGGAUUGAUAUGUAUACCACCGUUAUUGGGAUGGAAGGUGAAACGACCGGAAGGCAAUUUGCCUCAAUGUGCGCUAAGUGAAGACAUUGGUUACGUUUUAUAUUCAGCAUUAGGAUCAUUCUACAUUCCUAGUUGUAUAAUGGUAUUUGUAUAUAUUCGAAUAUAUUUUGCGGCAAAAGCUAGAGCGAGACGAGGUAUUAAAAAACAACCAAGGAAACCACCCAACGAGCAGGUAAAAUAUCAGAUGACAAGCUUCACAACAUCCACCAAGGGAACAAUUCCGAUGCCAAGUGUGCCUGGUACAUCAGCAGCGAACAUUCAAAGGCAAAUAGCAACAAUCGAAAACCAACCAAAUGCUAUAAUGGCCAUUCCUACAGUCACCUGUGAUCUAGCCUCCGAUAUAUCAACGAGUGAGGCUGCCGAAGUCGAGACACACCAACCACCCCCGCCCUAUUCAACACAUCCCGAUAGCGGGAUGAACGGCAACGACAAAGAAACCCUAAAAGUCAGCACAAUAGCGACGACGCACAAUGCAUUCAAUGCGUUACCACCACCAUCAGGCUUAUCACCAACGUCCAAUUCCACAAAGGCCGGACCGAUGAAUAACAACGGUCUAACAACAUCUUCCCCAAAUGAACUGAAAGUAUCACCAGUGAUAGCAGGUCGGUGUCGAGCACUCUCCGUUGGCAUUGACACCGACAUGGUUAGCGAAUUCGAUCCAUCAAGUUCGGACUCGGGCGUAGUGAGUCGAUGUGCGGUUGUGAAACCGCUCAAAUUUCGGCUGUGUCAGCCAAUAUUUGGUCGCAAAAAUCAGCGACGAAAUGAAGCGAAAACAGCCGCAGUCAAAGUUAGCAAACCCUCCGAAACAGCUGAGCUGGAGCCGGCCAUACCCAAGGUGCAAAAACCUCGAGAUCCUGAAAAGGAGAAACGUCGGAUAGCGAGGAAAAAGGAGAAACGUGCAACGCUAAUUUUGGGGCUGAUUAUGGGUAGUUUUAUCGCUUGUUGGCUACCGUUUUUCUUUCUGUAUAUCCUUAUGCCUGCCUGUAAUACACAUUGUACGAUACCGGACUCAGCAUUUGCGAUUGCAUUUUGGCUGGGGUAUAUGAAUUCGGCCUUGAAUCCUGCCAUCUAUACGAUAUUUAAUAAAGACUUUCGGAGGGCGUUUCGUCGUAUAUUGUUUAAGUGAUGUUUGGCUUAUGUGUGCUGUUACCGGUGCGUUCAUGCCAGUAUCGAAAAGGCUACGGAACGUGCUAUGGGCGGCACACCUAUGAGCUAUGGAAUGUACAAUUACCGGCGAUAGAUUGGCAUUUCGGCUCCGAAUAUCUACAAACAUACAAAAGAGGUCCGUUUUUGGUGUAUAUGUGCUGUUGUUUUGUGGCAACAAAAAAAUCUUCUCACACAACAACAACAUAAUCGCUUUUUUCCAACAAAAUGUAUCUUCCAACUACAGCGCCAACAAACAAAAAAAAAAUUAUUUUAUAAGCAGCACCGAAUCCCAUCGAUACAAACAGAAAAUAUUCACUAUAAAAAAAAUACUAUUACCUAUCUAACUGACUGUUACAAGAAAAAAUUUUUAAAAAAUCAUCCAAAAAAAUAACUCACAUC